AUGAAGCGGAGAGCAUCAGACAGAGGAGCUGGGGAAACGUCGGCCAAGGUGAAGGCUCUAGGAAGUGGCAUUUCUGGAAAUAAUGCAAAGAGAGCCGGACCGUUCAUCCUUGCUGUUGUCUUUGUCACAGGUCCCCGUCUGGGCAACUCACCAGUGCCCAGCAUUGUGCAGUGUUUGGCAAGGAAAGAUGGUACCGAUGACUUCUAUCAGCUGAAGAUCCUUACCCUUGAGGAACGGGGGGACCAAGGAAUAGAAAGCCAAGAGGAAAGGCAAGGCAAGAUGCUGCUGCACACCGAGUACUCUCUGCUUUCCCUUCUCCACACGCAGGAAGGCGUUGUCCACCACCACGGGCUCUUCCAGGACCGUACCUGUGAAAUUGUGGAGGACACAGAAUCCAGCCGAAUGGUCAAGAAAAUGAAGAAGCGCAUCUGCCUCGUUCUCGACUGCCUCUGUGCACAUGACUUCAGCGACAAAACCGCCGACCUGAUCAACCUGCAGCACUAUGUCAUCAAGGAGAAGCGGCUCAGCGAGCGGGAGACCGUGGUUAUCUUCUACGAUGUGGUACGCGUGGUGGAAGCCCUGCACCAGAAAAACAUUGUACACAGAGACCUGAAACUUGGGAACAUGGUGCUCAAUAAGAGAACUCAUCGGAUAACCAUCACCAACUUCUGCCUCGGAAAGCAUCUUGUGAGUGAGGGGGACCUUCUGAAGGACCAGAGGGGGAGCCCUGCCUACAUCAGUCCAGACGUGCUCAGUGGCCGGCCAUACCGGGGCAAGCCGAGCGACAUGUGGGCCCUGGGCGUGGUGCUCUUCACCAUGCUGUACGGCCAGUUCCCAUUCUACGACAGCAUCCCACAGGAGCUCUUCCGCAAAAUCAAGGCCGCCGAGUACACCAUCCCUGAGGACGGGCGGGUUUCUGAGAACACCGUGUGUCUCAUCCGGAAACUACUGGUCCUCGACCCCCAGCAGCGCCUCGCUGCCACCGAUGUCCUGGAGGCCUUGAGUGCCAUCAUUGCAUCUUGGCAGUCCCUGUCAUCUCUGAGUGGACCUUUACAAGUGGUUCCGGACAUCGACGAUCAAAUGAGCAAUGCUGACAGCUCCCAGGAGGCGAAGGUGACGGAGGAGUGCUCCCAGUACGAGUUUGAGAACUACAUGCGGCAGCAACUGCUGCUGGCCGAGGAGAAGAGCUCCACCCACGAGGCCCGGAGCUGGGUGCCCAAGCGACAGUUUGGCAGCGUGCCGCCAGUGCGCCGGCUGGGCCACGACGCCCAGCCCAUAAACCCCUUGGACGCGGCCAUCCUCGCACAGCGCUACCUGCGGAAAUAG